GACGCCCCUCCUCGUUCGGCAUUCUGCGAAUCUCAAGGUGGGCGACAAUCCAGCGAUGGCGCUGCGCAAGAAGAAGUUCCUUGUGUCGGCGUCCGGCGACGAGAUCUGCCGUGCGCUGGUCCUGCCCGAAGCGUACCUUGCCGACCCAAACGAUGUCGAUGACCUGGACCCGGACGUGCACCCGAUUGAGCUUAUCCAAACCCACAUGUCGAUGGUGUUUCUUCGGCGGGACGUCGUAUACAAGGUGAAGAAGAACGUGGACUUUGGGUUUGCUGACUUUAGCUCGGUCCAAAAGCGCAUGCAAGCAUGCCUCGCCGAGACGCAACUGAACCAACGCCUCGCCCCCCAUGUGUAUCUCGGCGUUGUGCCGAUCUACAAGAAAGACACUACCCUAGUCAUCAGCACCUACGACGUGUGGACUGACAACCGCGACAAAGACGCCAGCUACUACGCAAACGACAAUCUUGGUGAAAUUGUCGACUGGGCGGUGAAGAUGCGCCGGCUUCCCAACGACAACACAUGUCUGCAUCUCCUCACGACCGGUCGCCUCGAUGCCACGCUACUGGGUCUCGUCGCCGCCAAAAUUGCUGCGUUUCACACUACAGCGCGCAAGAACGCUACAAUCGACGAGUUUGGGAAACCUGCACUCAUCAAGCAAAACAUAGACGAGAAUUUUACGCAGACGGCAUCCCAUGUCGACGCCGGCCUUGUCGACAGCCAUGUGUACAACCGCGUGAAGAUGUUGUCGGAGCGGUGGUUUGCCGAUCUUUUGGACAUCUUUGAACAUCGAAUCCAGCACAAGUACAUCUCCGAUACCCACGGAGAUCUGCGCUUGGAACACGUGUACUUUCUUCCAAAAGCAGCCAAUGUGCCCGGCACGCAGCCGUCGAUCGCAAGCUACACGCUAACUGGGGAGAUUUCCGCCGCCACGACCGAUGUGGUGGUCUUGGACUGCAUCGAGUUCAACGAGCGCUUCCGGUAUUCCGACCCGUUGAGUGACGCGGCGUUCUUCGCGAUGGACCUGUAUCGUCUGGGUCGACACGACUUGGCCACGGCAUUCAACGUGGCGUACUUGGAGAAGUCCAAGCAAACGUCCAAAGCGAACUCGGAACUCCUGCGAUUUUACGCUGCCUACCGCUCUGUCGUCCGGGCGAAAGUGUCUGGAUUUCAAGCACUGGAUCCGCUCAUCACAGACAAGACUCGCAGCUUCGCUCGUUCAAAAUGCCACUGGCUCGUGGCGUACACUUUGCUCGCGCCGCCAUCCGACCGACCGUGCCUAGUGCUUGUGACGGGGCUGCCAGGCACGGGCAAAUCGACUGUUGCUCAAGGCCUCGUCGACUCGGACGAGCGGUGGGUAUGGGUGCGCAGUGACGUCAUUCGCAAGGAGCUGGCCGGCGUCAAUCCCCAGGAACGCACACCGGAUGAGAUCAUGGGUGACUUGUACUCGACGGCCUUUACGCAAAAGACGUACAUGGAAUGCUGGGCACAAGCCCAGGAAGCUCUACAACGUGGACGGCGGGUGUUGGUUGACGCAACAUUUCGAGAGCAAGCAUUUCGUCGAUUGUUUCUCGAGGGUGCCAAGAAAGAAGGCGCCAUGGCAGCGGUGAUCGUAUGCGAAUGCAAUCGAGAAAUUGUCAAGGGCCGUAUGACAAAGCGCGCCACAGAACCCGUCCAGAUUUCAGAUGCGACUUGGGACGUGUUUGAAAAGGUUGAGCAGUCGUGGGCAACGUUCGAAUCCGCAUCCGGCUUGUACGCCGUGACGGAGCAAGAAGUGUUUGUCGUCAACACGGAGAAGCACUUGGACUUGGCGCUCACGCGGGUCCACGGCUUUCUCCGCAAGCUUGGCGUGGAAUAAGUGUGAUGAACACCAGAAUGAGAUUCGAGUUGUAGCGUCCCAAGGAUUUUCCAUGGAAGUUUAUGGCCAGCCAGCCAUUGGGUGCUCACAAUUUCUU